AUGUCAGUUGCCCAGAUGAAUAAGAAUGCUAUGAGUGCAGCCAUGUUCCCCAGCAAGGUGACCACGGAGCAUCAGUCACUUGUCCUGGUGAAGCGUCUGCUGGCGGUGGCAAUCUCCUGCAUCACCUACCUCAGAGGGCUAUUUCCUGAAUAUGCCUACGGUACGCGAUACCUGGACGACCUUUGCGUAAAAAUCCUGCGGGAAGAUGACAAGUGCCCUGGAUCAUCUCAGAUUGUGAAAUGGAUGAUGGGAUGUUAUGAUGCGCUACAGAAGAAAUACCUGCGGAUGCUGGUUUUGGCCAUCUACACAAAUCAGGAGGACCCCCAGACAGUUACUGAAUGUUAUCAGUUCAAGUUCAGAUAUAUGAAAAAUGGACCAUUGAUGGAUUUUGCCAGCAACAACGGGAAGAUUGGUUCCACCGUGAGCUGCUCGGACACGAAGAAAGCCAGCAUCCUACUCAUCCGCAAACUCUACGUCCUGAUGCAGAGCUUGGGGCCCCUUCCCAGCGACGUCUGCUUAAAGAUGAAGCUGUCCUACUACGACGAAGUAACCCCACCGGACUACCAGCCCCCUGGCUUUAAGGAGGGCAACUCGGAGAGCAUGAUGUUUGAAGGCGAGCCUGUCUUCCUGAGUGUGGGGGAGGUGGCCACCCCCUUCCACGUGCUGAAGCUGAAGGUCACAACUGAGAGUGAGCGGAUGGAGCCAAUGGACAAGGACCCGCCACAGGAGAGCAGAAGAAGCCCACCUGCCCGGGGUGUGGACGUAGGCCGAAAUGAGCAAGUGGAAAUUAACGAUACUUUACCAGCGGAAAGCCCAGCUGCAUCCCAAAUACUUGUCUCCGUAAACGGUAACCCUGAUGAGCAAGAUGCAGCAACCGGAACAUCACCAGAGGCUAGAGAGGUGGCGAAGAAUGCAGGUCCAAAGAACAACACCCCCCUGUCACAGAUGGAGAACUUGGUGAACAAGACGUCGGAAAUGGAGCUAUCUGGCAGGAGGACUAGAAGUGGAAAGCUCUUUGACACAACAUCCGGAACUGUGGACAAAGUAGGCCAGAAGGAAGGUGAGGACUCGCAGAGAAAGUCCGCUGGAAAGAGAAGAACUGGCUUGGAACAAUCAAAACCCAUACAUCAGUUUGAAAUUCCUUGCAGCCAGGACGAAUUCUCGACAAGGAAAAGGAAGAAAUUCAGCGAGCCAAAGGAACGGUUUCGUUAGCUGACAAAUUAGCGUUCUCUUUUGUGUUAUCUGUCCCCCUCGGUUUCUCAGUGGUUCCUUUUCGAUUGCACUGAGCAGUUCAUCGGGUAUUUCCUUCUCCUUGAUGCUGGGGAAUUGUUUGGGGAGCGGAAGAGGCAGGAUAACUACUUUCUCAAACGUGUGUCUCACAAAAAGUUCCCUCUUAUUCCCGUCGUGCAUUCUUCUCUGAGCCUGCCACUCCCCUGUCAAGGGAGUGCUUGCAUGAUAGACUGCUUCAGAACAUUCACCCUCAAGCCUGUUCUCCCACUUUAAGUGAUGUACAUAACUGCACGGAAUCUUUCCUCAGAGAAGUAACUUUGCCCUCGAUUCUCUUUCAAGAUGCCAAAUUAGUUCAAUUCCUCCCUUGUGUCUCUCUCUCUCUCUCUCACACACACACCAUAAAACUGCCCCCUAACGAGCAGACAAUUCCAAUGGUAUAUAAAAGAAAUUCUCCUCGACUCAGCCCUAGGUGGACAAUGUCCCACUGUACGCCAGUGCCACCUAAUUCUAAAAGAGCCCCUCAGCCCCCUGCCCUGCCACAAUCUCCCUGAGACCACCUCUCACUCUUCUAAAUUCCCAAUCAAUCUCCCCAAAAGUCAGCUCUCUCACCGCAGGAAUUAUUCUUGCGAACCUUCGCUGCAUGCUCUCCAAAGUAAUUUGUUGUUAAGGGAACGAAACCGCCCCAUCUGGUCACUAACAAGGGCAUCAUUAAAAGGACAAAGGGAAUAAAAUCUCCAAACACCACAGCUGGGGGAGCAUGUGAUCCAGUUUACAUUACUGCAUUCAAAAUCAGAGCCACGGCAGACGCCGGAAAUCGGAAAUAAAAACAGAAAAUGCUGGAAGUACUUAGGUCUGACCGCGUCUGUGGGAAGAGAAACCCUUCGUCUUCAACCUGAAACAUUAGCUCCGCUUCCCUUCCCACAGAUGCCGCCUGACCCGCUGAGUAUUUCCCACAUUUGAUUUUACACUCUCAGAGGGCGGGACAUCCUCGGAAAUCGAGUCCGCUCACCCUGAAGAAGUUUUCCUCCUCUCUUGCGCCUCCACUCGCGCUGGCCUUAAGCGAUCGCGCAGAUCUAUUCCGACGGUCCCUCCGGUGUCCUGGCAGGGUUUUUUUUAUCGGACUCUGGGUGACUUGCAGGAUAUGAGGAUGAGGCAACAAAGUGCACAGGUUGAGCUUGAUAGUAAAUGCAGACUGUGGGGGUGACGUGUGAACGACUCCUGCUUCUGUUUCGUAUGUUCUUACCAACAAGAGCAGGCAGAGACUGACUCGUCCGUCUUGUUCUCAGUGGGAAGGAGAUCAACUAUUCACUAAAUGGCUGCAGCAAUUUUUGUUCAAAGUAAUUCGUGCUACAAAUGCCUGAGAGGUGGUGCUGCAUAAUGUAUGUGUCCUGUUUACACUGGCUGGAGACAAAUAUUGUUUUAUUCACAAUGAAUUACUUGGAUUAUAUCUUCACUAAAAGUCACUGUUCUUGUUUAGCAUUGACCUUUUUCUCUAGUAAAAGGGAAAAGAUUCCAAUUACUUAGCGAGACCACAGGCUAACAUCCCCACACUGAUGUUUAUGAGACGUGGCCCCAUCCCUCUCCAUACCCCUCGUGGGUGUCCCCUUCUAUUUCUCUCGCCUUCGCACGUUCAUCCAACCUCUCCUUGACUCCUUCUCUGCUGUUGGCCUCGACCGCUCUCUGCAGGAGGGAUCCAGAAGCAAAAUCCCUGCAGAUGCUGGAAAUCUGGGGUAAAGACCAAGCAAGUUGGAAACACCCAGCAGGUUCAGCAGCUUCUGUGGAGACGGAAGCAGAGUCAGUGCUCUAGGGGAGCGAUCAUUGUCCUUAAACAAUAACUCUUCCUCUCUCCUCAGAUGCUGCCUGACCUGCUGAAGGGAGUUUCACAUUCUCCACACAGUUUCACAUUCUCGAAUUUCUCCACGAAUUUCCCCUUUCCAAUAUUUAUCCAAUUCCCUUUGGAAAGUCCGUGUUCCAUCUGCUUGCACUGCCUUUUCAGUCAGCACGCACAAAAUAGUCAAUGACAAGAGUUUGCUGUGUGAAAAAAAAUUCUUAUCCUUCUUGGAGCUUAAAUCUUCUGGUUACUGAUCCACUUGUCAAUUUCUUUCUGAAAUA